UCUGCUUUAUCUCUCUAACAUUUCUGGUUGGUGGAGAUGAGCUCGUUAGGAUUCGCCGUUGGGAAUUGCUCUAUCAGCAAACCCAUUGAUAGACCAGCCAAGAGAAAUCUUGGUAGAAUACAAUCAGGAUUGGCUAUCAAAUUAUCAACCCAAAAUGAGAAAGACUCCAAUACUUCAAAUUAUCUGCACGUUAAAGGGAACCCAAGUUUAGUCAGGAGAAGAGAAGCCAUUGGCCUGGGUUUAUGUCUCGGACCCUUUAAUGUUCUUCUCCUGCAGCCAGAAAACUCAGCAGCAGCUGAAUCACUUUCAUGUCAACUGACUGUAGCUCCUUCUGGUCUUGCUUUCUGUGACGAAGUAGUGGGGACUGGCCCAGAAGCCAUCAAAGGACAGCUGAUUAAGGCACAUUAUGUUGGGAAACUGGAGAAUGGGAAAGUUUUUGAUAGCAGCUACAGUCGUGGGAAGCCUCUUGCAUUUCGGAUUGGGGUGGGUGAGGUGAUCAAGGGUUGGGACCAGGGUAUUCUUGGUGGUGAUGGAAUUCCUCCCAUGCUUGCUGGGGGCAAGCGGACAUUAAAGAUCCCUCCAGAACUUGGAUAUGGCAUGAGAGGAGCUGGGUGUAGAGGAGGUUCAUGCAUCAUUCCACCAGAUUCAGUUCUCCUUUUUGAUGUGGAAUUCAUUGGCAAGGCAUGAGAAGUUCCUUCCGGUUUUUUUUUUUUUUUUGAGAAUCCUUUU